AUGAAAGUUGCCAUUUCAGAGGUUUUCACAGACUCUCGACACCGCCUUUGCAUGUGGCAUAUUAUAAAGAAACUUCCCACCAAGAUUGUUGGAGACCUGUUACAAAACUCUGAGCUAAGAGCAUUGAUGCAUCGUUUAGUGUGGAGUAUUCACAUGAAGCCAUCUACAUUUGAGACGCGUUGGCAACUUUUGAUGGAGGAAUAUGGGUUACAAGAUCACGACUGGUUGAAUGACAUGUACUCAAUUAGGGACCAAUGGGUACCUGCCUACUUCCGUGAUAUCCCAAUGUGUUGUCUGAUAAAGACUACAUCAAGAUGUGAAAGCUCUAACUCAAGCUUCAAGGUCAAAUCUUCUAGCACUAACACACUAGUUCAGAUCAUGCUAUGUUACGAAACUAGGAUAGACAAUCAGCGUUACAGGCAACGUGUUGCAGAGUUUAAAACUUCAUCUAGUGUAUUCAUGGACACUACUGACUUAGCUAUUGAGAAGCAUGCUUUUGAGUUGUAUACACAUGCAAUUUUCACAGAAGUAAGAAAAGAGAUAUACAAGGGGAAGCUGUUUUGUUACAUUAUAAACACGGAGGAUUGUGAUGAUGUUUGUGUUUACUAUGUGAAUCAGUUGGACAAACAAAACAAUGCAACCAACACAUUCACGGUUAAACUUGGGUUGAGAAAUCAGGCGGUAUCGUGUUCAUGCAACAACUUCAAUUGUAUUGGAUAUCUAUGUAGGCACAUUUUUUGUGUUUACCGGGUAAACAAUAUUGAAAAAAUCCCGGCCCAGUUUGUUGUUAAACGUUGGACUAGGGACAUGCUUCCUAAAAGUUUAUUUUCUAUUGAGAGUCGAUAUGGCGUUGACACCCAUCCACAAGCUGCUGCGAGAAGUCAGAUUCUUGAGAUUGUAACCGAAUGUGUAGACGCAUUAAGAAGUGAUGUUGGAGGACUUUCUUCUUUCGCUGAGCAGAUAAAGGAACUGAAAUGCAAGUUAAUAAAUGGAGGACCAGUUGAUGAUGAAGCCAACAAUGAUAACUAUGCUGUUGUUGAAGAAUUGCUUGGUGUUUCUUUAGAUGGGGACGGAACUCUCAACAAUCUAGACGGGAUCAGGAACAAAGGAUGCGGUAAAUGUCGACGAUUGUCUAGAGCAUCUCAGGAUGGAACGAGCAACUCUGCUGUCAAACCUCCCAAAACACCCAGGCUUUGCCAAACCUGUAUGAAGUACGUGACUAGGCAUGAUUCAAGAAAUUGCAAGAAAAAAAAGAACAAGAAUAAAUCGGGUAACGAGGAUGAGGACUCAAGCUCUGCGAGCUAG